AGUGCGUCUCGGUGGCCGACAGCAGAUAGUUGGGUCUGGUAACACACUGCCAAGGGACGGGGAAGACCCGGUCCAUAGACCAAAGACCCGGUCCAUAGACUCGGUCCGUGGACGGUUUCCUGCUCAGGAGGAUCGCCUGUGAGCGGCAGGCGCCUCGGCGCUUAAAGGCCAUUUAAACGUGAGUAUGAAGCGAUCAUUCCGCACGCCGAUGGAAGCCCACCGCCUCCGCUGGAUCCUCACCGUGUAAACAACCGAGGCAGCAGCAGCACAUGUCCGGAGACACCAUGACCGCGGUCCGAGGUGCCCACCCCCACGCCCCCACCCCCGGCUCCACGGCACCCCCCAAGGAGAACGGACACACGGCGGACCCCGGGUCGCCCGCCCCGAACUUCCCCACCCCGGCUCCCCCGGAGGAGGGCUCCGAGAGCGGCGACACCCCGACGUCCUCGGCAGGCGAGCUCACUCGGACAUGGGUCCAGUUCGCCAAGACCUUCGUAGUGAUCUUCCCCAUCUACGCUCUGGGAUACUUCGAGUUCAGCCUGAGCUGGCUCCUCAUCGGCCUCGUACUGUUCUUCUGCUGGCGGCGGAACGCGGGCGGGAAGAGCAGCCGGCUGAACCGAGCCCUUGCGUUCCUGGCCCACGAAGACCCCCCCAGACACACCCUCACAAGUUCGGAUCUACCGCCAUGGGUUCAUUUCCCAGACGUGGAGCGGGUGGAGUGGGUCAACAAGACGGUGGAACAGAUGUGGCCGUAUGUCGGUCAGUUUGUGGAGAAGUUGUUCCGGCAGACCAUCGAGCCGGCGGUGAGACAGACGCACGGACAACUGAGCUCCUUCUGCUUCACCACCAUCAACCUGGGAGACAAGCCCCUAAGGGUCAACGGGGUCAAAGUUUACAGCGAGAACGUCGACAAACACCAGAUCAUCAUGGACCUGCAGGUCAGCUUCGUGGGCAACACAGAGGUGGACGUGGAGGUGAAGAGGUUCUUCUGCAGAGCCGGCAUUAAGAGCAUACAGCUCCACGGAGUGCUGCGAGUGCUGAUGGAUCCGUUGCUAGGCGACAUGCCGCUGGUCGGAGCCCUGUCUCUCUUCUUCCUCAAGAAACCGCUCCUGGACAUCACCUGGACGGGCCUCACCAACAUCCUGGACAUACCGGGCCUCAGUGGUUUUUCAGAGAGUGUUAUUCAGGAUAUUAUCUUCAGUUACCUGGUCCUCCCCAACCGCAUCACCAUCCCACUGGUGGGCGACGUUGAGCUGACACAGCUACGGUACCCCAUGCCUAAGGGGGUUCUCCGAAUCCAUUUCCUUGAGGCCCAGGACCUUGAGGGGAAGGACCAGUUCCUGGGGGGUCUGAUUAAGGCCAAGUCGGACCCGUACGGGGUCCUGCAGAUCGGCACCCAGCAGUUCCGGAGCCGCACCAUCAAGGCGAACCUGCACCCAAAGUGGAACCAGGUCUUCGAGGCACUGGUGUACGAGUUCACCGGGCAGUACCUGGAGAUCGAGCUGUUUGAUGAAGACACCGAUAAAGAUGACUACCUGGGCAGCCUCAUGAUGGACCUCAGUCAGCUACACCAGGAGCAGAAAGUGGACGAGUGGUUCGACCUGGAAGAGGCCCCGACCGGUAAGCUCCACCUGAAGCUGGAGUGGCUCUCCCUGUUCUCCAAUCCAGACAAGAUGGACCAGGUGCUCCGAAGCGUGCGGGCGGACAGAAGCCUGGCCAAUGAGGGACUGUCGUCCGCCCUGCUGAUGGUCUAUCUGGACUCAGCGAAGAACCUCCCAAGUGUGUUCACAGGGAGCCUGCAGGCUAGUGGAGCCCAUGCCGAGCGCAGGGCGUCUGGCCUGGUCUUUACCGAGCCCCAGGCCUCUCAGUCUAGGAAGCUACUCAGCAGCCUGUCAGAUUACAGCCAUGACGGGGCCAAGCAGGUGUCGGUCUUUAAGACCCUGAAGUGUGGUAAGAAGAGCAGCAGCGAACCCAGUCCGUUCGUCCGGUUCUCCGUGGGAACCAAGACGCUGGAAAGCAAGGUCCGCUUCAAGACGCGGGAACCCAUGUGGGAGGAGGCCUUCUCCUUCCUGGUCCACAACCCCAGGAGACAGGAGCUGGAGCUGGAGGUGAAGGACGACAAACACAAGUGCACCAUGGGCAACCUGACGGUGCCUCUGCGGGACCUGCUGCAGGAGCAGCACAUGACCCGCACCCAGAGCUUCUCCCUGAGGAACUCGGGCCCCAGCGCCUGCAUCACGCUGCGCCUGGCCCUCAGGGUCCUGAGUCUGGAGAAGCAGGACCCCUCGGACCGCCCCUCCUCCGUCCUGGUCCGCAAGACCAGCGUCCCCCAGGCGGCGGCCCCGGGCCCCUCCUCCAGCUCCACCCUCUCCGACUCCCCCAGGGCCGCGCCCACGCCCCCGCCUCCUCCCGCCCCCGCCUCCGCCCCUCCGUCCUCGGCCCCACGGCGCGCCCCCUACUCCUCCUCCUCCUCCACCUUGACCCUCCCCCAGCGGGACGGGGAGCCGUACUCCCUGAGCCCCGCCCGCAGCGUCUCGGCGCUCAGCUGUCACCUGGUGUGCGGCGGUGGCGGCGGCGGCGGCGGCGGCGGCUCGCAGCAGCGGCUGGGCCUCGGCGAGUCCAGCGUCAGCCUGGCCUCGGACGCCUCGCUGCCCGGCGCCCACCUGGAGCUGCACAACCGCCUGCGCCUGCUGCACAAUGGGUCUCUGCCUCCAGAGCCCUGUCCCCUGGGAGAGGUCCAGCUGACCCUGAGACACAGCAGCCAGCGCAACAAGCUCAUAGUGGUGGUCCACGCCUGCCGGCACCUCCUGGCGUUCCACCGGGACAGUGCCGACCCGUUCCUCAGACUCUACCUGCUGCCCGACCGCAGCCGGGGCGGCCGCAGGAAGACCUCGGUGAUGAAGAGGACCCUGGACCCCGUCUAUGACCAGACGUUUGAGUUCAGUGUGUCCAUGGUGGAGCUCCACAGGAGGUCUCUAGACGUGGCCGUGAAGACCGGAGGCAGAGUUCUGACCAAGCACAAGGGGCUUCUGGGAAAGGUGCUGGUAGAUCUGAGUGGAGAGGAUAUUUCUAAAGGAUGGACACAGUGGUACACUCUGACGGACGGAUUAUCAAAGAGUCCAUCCUUGAAGUAGACAGAAUACGGACACACACACACACACACAAACGCACACACACACGCACACAGGUGAAUCACACAGGGGACACACACUUCUAGGUCGGACCUCCAGUUUGUUCUUCCAGUUUUGUUUCCUCAACCUCAAUUCUUCCAAUGUAAUGUGAUUUUUUUGCUGGGGUGUUUUCUUUGUGUGUGUGUGUGUGUGUGUGUGUGUGUGCGUGUGUGUGUGCGUGUGCGGGUGUGUGUGUGUGUGUGUGUGUGUGCGUGUGUGUGUGUGUGUGUGUGUGUGUGCAUGUGUGUGUGUGUGUGCGUGUGUGUGUGUGUGUGUGCGUGUGUGUGUGUGGCAGUAAAGCCUUUGCAGAGCAUCGACUGCCUUCAUGUUCAUGAGAUGUCCGUUGCUGAAGGGAACAUGUCAACGCUACCACACGUCACACACACGCGGUUACGUGAAACAAUAUGAUUCUGAAUAUGAUGUUGUUUAACUUCCUCCAGGGUUGUUACGAACCGUUCUAUACUUCACACGUACCUCUUGUGUUAUUUCAGAUAUUGUUUGUGAUAUAUUCUGGAAGAUUCUGUGGCCAUGGCAACAGGGUUUUUGACAGCAGAUGCACGUAGCGGUCUGACCUUUGACCUUAUCCUUCCAUUAAUUCUCCUUCUUAUUUACGUGUGGGAUACCGGUCGCUGUUUCUAAGAGAAUGCUCCUCUGGGCAGAGUGAAAACGGGUUUAAAGUAUGUUGUGAUUCAGACUCUGAAGGCUCGCAGAUGCUCUAGAGCUGGAGUUCUAGACUAACUCGAGAUGAACCUAGAGCUGGGGUUCUAGACUGGCUCUGAUAUGCUCUAGAGCUGUGGUUCUAGACUGGCUCUGAGAUGCUCUAGAGCUAUGGUUCUAGACUGGCUCUGAGAUCCUCUAGAGCUGGAGUUCUAGACUGGCUCCACGAUUCUUGUUCAGGAAUGAUUGUUUGAACUAAAGUGAAUGACUUGAAGAGUAUUUAAGCUGACUUGCAUUGCUUUUCUUUGGGGUUUUUUGAGACCGUAUUUUGGGUUUUUGAAAGCGUUAUGUGGCCAUAUCUGUUUUUAAACCAUGCAUUUCUAAGUGUGUUUCAUCUUUUAGGCCUGUCAUGUUUUAUCAUCUACCCUGUGCCUUAAAACUCUGUAUAAUUCUGGCAUUUUGAAAUUAUAACUUUGAAUGAUAAGCACCCCAAGGCUUUUAAAGAAUGAAAUCUC